AUGGGCGCCUAUCUCUAUGGGCGCCUAUCUCUAGGGGCGCCUAUCUCUAUGGGCGCCUAUCUCUAUGGGGGCGCAUAUCUCUAUGGGCGCCAAUCUCUAGGGGCGCCUAUCUCUGUGGGCGCCUAUCUCUAUGGGCGCAUAUCUCUAUGGGCGCCAAUCUCUAGGGGCACCUAUCUCUAUGGGCGCCUAUCUCUAUGGGCGCCUAUCUCUAUGGGCGCCUAUCUCUAUGGGCGCCUAUCUAUUUGGGCGCCUAUCUCUAUGGGCGCCUAUCUCUAUGGGCGCCUAUCUCUAGGGGCGCCUAUCUCUAGGGGCGCCUAUCUCUAUGGGCGCCUAUCUCUAUGGGCGCCUAUCUCUAUGGGCGCCUAUCUCUAUGGGCGCCUAUCUCUAUGGGCGCCUAUCUCUAUGGGCGCCUAUCUCUAUGGGCGCCUAUCUCUAGGGGCGCCUAUCUCUAGGGGCGCCUAUCUCUAG